AUGUCUAGCCCUUGAUUUGUGGCUUUUACAAAGGCAAAGAUUUGGCAUGAGCCGAAAGAGAUAAGAGGAGGGAGAGAAGGCGGUAAGGCAUUUGGUUAUGCCUUUGUGAUGAGUAAAGAGAGCAUCCAAUGGGGGACAUCAUUAUGAUGUCUAGCCCUUGAUUUGUGCCUUUUACAAAGGCAAAGUGUGAUGAGCCGAAAGAGAGAAGAGGAGGGAGAGAAGGCGGGGCCUUUGUGAUGAGUAAAGAGAGCAUCCAACGGGGAGAGCAUUCGGCUCUCCCAUGGAAGGUUGAACAUGGGUUGAGAGAAAACAAAUGAUACAUAUGCAAUUAAUCUCUAAUAUAGGUUGAGUGUUAUAAUAUAUAUAUAUAUAUAUAUAUAUAUAAACAAAAAAAAAAAAAAAAACCCUAUGGUAUAGGUAGAUAAACACAAUUAAGCUUCAAUACAACUUCAAAAAAAAAAAAAAAUAACAAUGGAAAGCAGAAAGAAACCCAAAAAAUAAAAAAUAAAAAAGAGGAAGAACCCAAAACACAAGAUUGAGUAAUGCAAAAUAACACAUCAAGAUAAAGAUAUUGACAGGGAGAAACAAGAUAAGAGAACUGAAACAAGAAAAGAGAAAUGAACGGUUUGGGUAACGAGAAGAAAAACGGAGAUUUAAAUCCCUAAUCCUAUAAUUCAGGAUAAGAUUAACAUUAAUCACAAAUGAAAAAAUAAACAGCAAUUACUUAAUUAAUCAAUUUAAGGGUAAAUUUGGCAAUCUAAUACAAAUAAGCUUAUGUGGAUAAUUAAUUACUGGACCUCAUCCGAAAAAUAAAACAAAUUAAGUUGGACUAUAACUAAUAAUGACUUAUAAAAUUGAACUUAUAUUAAGUUUCCCCUUCUCCAAAUUGGAUUCUCCCUCUAUUUUUUAAAAUUGGACUUCUCCCUCUAUUAUAUUAAGUUCCCACCACCAAAUUCAAAAACUUGGUUUGCCAAAAUCUGAUUUAAACCCACCGCAUCCCAAAAUUGUGCCCACUCACUUUUAAAAUAUUAAUUAAAAAAAUAGUAGCUAUAUUAAAGGGUUAGAAACUGGAAAGCUUCCAUUCCACCAUUUCUCAUUCCGUCUCACCUUUACUCUCCCAAAAUUAAAAGGACGCUCAUUCCAGCUCCUCCGUCCAGUUCCAACCCAUUCAUCCGUGGAGUCUAUCCACCUCAAGCCUACUCCUCUGUCCAGUUCAAAGGCACUCCUCUGCCCUCUGGUGACACACACCGACACACAAGAGGGCCAAGAUACAUAUGGCUAAUAUGAUGCUUGAUGAUGAUGCAUUUUUGGCAUCUAUGGGAACUCAACCACACUUCCAAUUUGGUGUAGUCACCGAAAAUGAAUCAUUUGCAACCAACCAACCCCAUGAGACAUGUAGUCGACAUACGCAAUCAAGUGGCUCUACUUCUUUGUCACCCACAACUCGAAAGAGGAAUAGGGGAGUUAACAAAAUACGGUGGGGCAGAGGGAGGUGCGAAAAACUGAACUUUAACAGAUUUGGUCAACCUAUUUCUCCUCGUGACAAUGUGGCCAAAUUUGGGCGCUACAUAGCCAUGUUGGCUCGUGAUGGUGGAAUAAUCCCAAUUGAUUCACCUGAUUGGCGCCAAAUAGAAUCUUCGAAACUUGAUCGAGUGUGGUCAUUGGUCCAGGCCACUAUAGACUGGACAAAUCCAAAAGCUGCUGGCAAGGAGGACAAAGUAAGGGCUAUUGUGGAAACGAAAUUGCAUGAUCGUUUCAGGACAUGGAGGGCAAAACUCCGUAAGUUGUAUUAUGUUCCCUUUGAGAACUCCGAGCAGAGGAAGCAUUGCAAUGAUUCUAGGGUAAUCCAGAGACAAUGGCAAUCCUUGGUAGCUUAUUGGGAUAAAAUUGAAAAUAAGCGGAGAUGUGCAACGAAUGUGAAGAAUCGAAAGAUGUUAAAGACGAGUCACACAACUGGGACAACAACUUUUGCUCAAAUACGGAAUGAUUAUGCUGAAGAACAUGAUGGAAAUGAACCUGAUCGUGUGACUUUUUUCAAAAUGACACACACAAGAGGACCUAAGCAACUCCCAGUUGAUGAUGAAUCUGCUAGAAUGAUGUUAGCGUUUGAAAAUCUGGAAGUGGAGGUUCGUGAACGUGGUGAUGAGGUAACAACAGAGGUUCGUAAUAAGAUUUAUGCAGAAGUGUUGGGCCCAGAGAAGCGAAAUCAAGUGCGAGGCUUUGGCCUUGGAGUUGGUUGGGCAGAUGUACCAGGAAUUGUUACUGAACAGCGAGGUAUUUCUAGGGAAGUGAAGUAUCUUCGGGAAGCUUAUGAAGCUCAGAAAGAAGCCACUGCUGCUGCGGAAGAAAAAAUGACUCGUAUGAUGCAUGAGGCAAAUGAGAAAGCGGAAAAGAUGAAAAGAGAGCAAGAAGAAAGCAUACAAAGGCUUAGGGCCGAACAAGAGGAGAAUUUGAGGUUAGCAAAGGUGCAAAUGGCUGAGCAAUUGAAAGCCAUGUUGGCACAUGUAGGCAUCAACAUUGGUUCAUUUGGAGUGAGUGCUCUACAAAGUACUUCAACUCAGCAGCAAGGGUGUGGAAGCUCACAUGCUCAGAUUUCAACGGGUUUCGAAGGUGGAAAUGACAAGAAUGUGCAGUGUGGACCUCCAAUUUCUAGUGCUAUGAUGCAUGAGGACUGCCAAAGUCAGAAUACUGGUUAG